UGGUAGUAACGAUGCUCAUGGGGUCCGCUGAAAAACGAUUUUGGACCCCCACUUCUUCGGGACCAGCUUCUGUUGGUUGCUGCUUCCACACUCCUCCCCGCGUCUGCUCGGCCCUCGUGCUGUGGUGACUCGCAUUGGCCCCGUCGUCCCUGCUCUCUCGGUGGGGUUGGGAUUUGGUAGAGUGAGGGAGCAAUGGCCCUCGUAGCAAUGACGGCAGCUGCAAUUUCAGGAUUUGGAGUGUCGCAGGCUUCGCCCACUAUUAGCAAUCAUUAUGGUUCGCAGCGCGUAUCCCCUUCGAAUGGCACUGGUCUGGUUUCCAUGUCUAGUCGUUCUUGCGCGCUGCAGAGGAAGGGGGCGGUGCAGACUGUUGUCGAGCUGCGCGCUCGAGGUAAUUCGGGUAAUGUCAAGGAUUCCAGGGUGCGAGUGCGAGGCGAGAAUUUCAAGGUCGCGGCACGGAGCCCUGAAACUGCAGCCUCGGAGAGUAUUAGCAUGGAUGAUUUUUCAUCCGUGGAAGAGUUGAAGGCAGCAUUGAUUAAUUCUCUAGAAGGCUUGAACAGGGGCAUUUUUGGAGUUCAGAAUGCUCGCAAGGUAGAAAUUGCAAGUCUGCUGCAACUUCUUGAGGCCGCUAAUCCAGAUCCUCGACCAACCGACAAUUUGGAUAAGGUGAAAGGCGAUUGGAAACUCUUGUACAGUACUAUUUCAAUUUUAGGCUCUAAGCGGACAAAACUCGGCCUGCGUGACUUCAUCAAUCUUGGUGACUUCGUGCAAAUUAUUGAUGUUGAUCAGGAGAAGGCCGUAAACAGAGUGACUUUCAGCGUCGCGGGCCUCGGGAUGCUAUCGGGUUCCUUCACCAUUGAAGCCUCAUAUAAGAUUGUCUCUCCCACGAGAGUCGAUAUUAAAUUUCAGAACUCCACUUUAGUGCCAGACCAACUCCUUUCUUUGUUUCAGAAGAACUACGACCUGUUGCUUAGUAUUUUCAAUCCAGAAGGCUGGCUGGAGAUCACAUACAUUGAUGACAGUCUACGGAUAGGCCGUGAUGAUAAAGGCAAUGUUUUCCUUCUUGAAAGGAUGUAGUGAGGUAUUAGCAUCCUAUACGAACUCAUUAGGAGGCAGAUGUUGCAUUUAUUUGGUGGCUCUAGGUUGACCAUGUUUGGUUCAAUCUAAGUUGCUGAAAGUUUCAGAUCUUGGCAUUUUUUAAGGUUUUCCUAAUCUCCACCUGAAUCUAAGUACUUCAAAAUUUAAGAUUAGCUGAAAAUAUGCCUGCAAGGGCUUUGUGCUAUC